AGCCCAUCCUAACUUCUGCAGCAUUCUUCAGCUGCCAAAAAUAAGAAUGGUCUCACACAAAGCGCGAAUAGGUGAAACAUCUUCACGAGAGCCCUUCAGCCAUAAAAGCCUAAUAGCCGCCCACGGGAAAUGCGCCGCGCCUAUUUGCUGUCUCCUGCAUGAGCGCGAAGACGCAGAAAUCCUUCAAACUGACUUGAUGCAGCCUUGUCUCCUUCGGCGCUUAGAAGAGGUCGGUGCAUCGAGCAGCGCGAAUGGAGGACUUGGACUUGGACAAAGGCACUCGGCUUCUGUGUAACACGUCCAUUGCUUCCUGUUCUAUUGGUGUGAAUAAGCCCGGCUUGAAACGCCACUCAUUUGCGUUUGUGUCGAACAUCAUGGAUCAAAAGGAGACAUCGGCUGAUGGGCAUGAUAGCUGCCCGGUCCUAUCGAUGGUACAUUCCUGCACCACUCGUUCCAUCCUCGAGGAUGAAUUGAAAGUUGGGGCCUGCGCCCCUUCUAGUAUGGGAGGGUUGAACAUGAAAUUAAUCCAGGCCAAAGGACUGCAGCUUUCACAUGUAUCGGUUGCCGUCACUGCAUCCUGUGGCUUUGAUGAUUCCACCAAUGCCAGAGGUCCGUUGGGGCAAUGUAUUCUCUCUGGAAGCGCAUGCCUUGCUGGGAUACUGCUAUGCCUCGAUCUCUCAGAGUGCACGCAACUCAAUCCCCAGACUCGACCACACAUCAGGCUCAAUAACAUCGUUUGCUCAUGCGCGGAGAUUUCUCUGCAAGUUCUCCACAUUCUGUUGGCCCUGUUGGUCUGUUGGAGAUCUAGACUCCGCUCUGAGAAUUGCCUUAAUGGGACAUUCUCCGCACCGUCUGUUUGUCCAGCUUUCUUGGGUAUGCAGCUUGCAAAUUUCCCAUCACUAGUGAGCAACCCCAAUGAUAGGGAUCAAGUGAGGCAGAUGCUAUCCACCUCAGAGACGUGUAUUCGUUAUACAGGUGUCGAUCAACACCCAAAAGCAGCGCGAUGAAGCAGUGGCACGGGACCUGUAUACAGACUAUGAAUGGGUCGUAGACUUCAUGUCCCACCCCCUACAAUAACGUCUACGACUGUUCCAAGGCGGAGCUUGAUUGCGCAGCUCUUGGCUAGGCGAGCGAUCAGCACUGCAAUCUUCCCUUCGGCAUAUUCAGCCAGCACAUGU